GUGUAGGAAGUUUUAAAGCUGGUUCCCUGAACAACUGAAGAAGACACCCUUUCUUUUGCGGAGGCUGCUGCCCCUGCAAUAUGUGCCUGGAGUUGGAAGUUUUGAUUUUACUCUGAGUUUUUAAUCUUUGAAUUUAAAGAAAUCAGAAAUAAUACACAAGCAGAAUACAGAACACCGAAUACUGUAUAGCAAGAAGGAGACCAUGGUCAAGCGAGUCGCAAUAGUUGGAGCUGGUGUGAGUGGCCUGACCUCCAUCAAAAGUUGUUUGGAAGAAGGCUUAGAGCCCACCUGCUUUGAGAGAAGUGAUGACAUUGGGGGACUGUGGAAGUUUACUGAAACGAUUGGACAUGGGAUGACUAAAGUCUACAAAUCUGUAGUGACCAAUAUCACCAAGGAAAUGUCAUGUUAUAGUGACUUCCCCUUUCCAGAAAAUUUCCCCAACUACAUGAAGCAUACUAUGGUGAUGGAGUAUCUUCGUUCCUAUGCUGAACACUUUGACCUUCUCAGAUGCAUUCAUUUCAAGACCACUGUGAAAAGCAUAACCAAGCACCAAGACUUUGCUGUCACUGGCCAGUGGGACGUGGUGACAGAGACAGAAGGAAAGCAAGACACAGCUACCUUUGAUGCAGUAAUGAUCUGCACAGGACAUUACCUGAAUCCCCGCUUACCUUUGGAGUCCUUUCCUGGAAUCAACAAGUUUCAAGGACAGAUCCUACACAGUCAAGAAUACAGGAGUCCAGAAAGUUUUCAGGGUAAACGGAUUAUUGUGAUUGGUCUUGGGAAUACUGGUGGUGAUAUUGCAGUGGAACUCAGUCGUGUGGCAGAAAAAGUGUUUCUCAGUACUAGAAGUGGUGCCUGGGUCGAUAGCCGUCUUUCUGAUGAUGGCUACCCCACUCAUAUGAUUCAAACAACAAGAUUUCUUCAUCUGGUUGCACGUUCCCUACCUUCAACCAUCGUGAACUGGAUGGGGAAGAAGCGCAUGAGUAGAUGGUUUAACCAUAAGACUUAUGGAUUGAGUAAUCCAAAGGGGCGACUACAAAAGAGAAUUGCAAAUGAUGAAUUGCCUACCUAUAUCCUAUGUGGUUCUGUCACUAUGAAAAUCAAUGUGAAGGAAUUUACAGAAACAUCUGCCAUCUUUGAAGAUGGGACUGUGGAGGAGAACAUCGAUGUUGUGUUUUUUGCUACAGGAUACACAUACUCUCUUCCUUUCUUUGAAGAACCUAUGGAAAAAUUCUGUAAAAACAAGAUCUUCAUAUACAAAUUUAUCUUCCCCUCAAACUUGGAGAAGGCAACUCUGGCUCUCAUUGGCCAUGUUGGUUUGCAAGGCUCCGUUAUAGCAGGCACAGAACUCCAGGCCCGCUGGGCCACAAGAGUAUUCAAAGGACUGUGUAAGAUCCCUCCGUCAAGCAAAAUGAUGGCUGAAGCUACCAAGAAGGAACAGCUCAUAAAAAGAGGUGUUAUUAAGGAUACCACCCAAGAGAAACAGGACUAUAUUACCUAUCUAGAUGAACUUGCUAGAUGCACAGGAGUAAAGCCCAACAUCUUGCUCUUGUUCCUGAAGGAUCCCAGGCUUGCAAAGGAAGUUUUCUUUGGUCCAUGCACAUCUUACCAGUACCGUCUGAUGGGUCCUGGGAAAUGGGAUGGAGCCAGAAAGGCUAUCAUGACUCAGUGGGACCGGACACUCAAGCCCUUACAAACUCGAGUCAUUCCUGAUUAUUCUGAACCUACAUCAAUAUCAUAUUGGCUAAAAGUCUGGGGGCCACCUGUUCUAUUUGUUGCUGUUCUGCUUACUUAUAAAUCCUCACUUCAGCUACAAUUGAUGAGGAUCACAGAAAUGGGGGAGAGAAUUUCUACUUACAUAGCUAGCACUAUGAGAAAAUGAAUGUGAUAAAUCAGUUAGACUACCAGACUAAUAAGAAAUGGUGACACACAGGCCUCCUCCCCAUCUGUUGGAUAAAUUAAUUCAAGUCAACUAUUAUAAUUAUUUAGUGCCUCCUAAGGGCCAGGCACUGUGCUAAGCACUAGAAAUACACAAUGAAAAAGUCAAGAAGCUCAUAAAUAGAGGAGACAACAUGCAAACAGCUAUGUACAAAUAAGACAGACAAGGUAGACUAGAACUAAUUUUAGAUAGAAGGAACUAGCAUUAAGGGAGAUCAUGAAAGUCUUCUUUUAAAAGAUAAGAUUUUAGCUGGGACCUGAAAAAAGCUUAAGUAGCUAAAAAAUGGAUGUAAGGAAGUAAAGAGUUCCACUCAUGGGGGACAGACAGUUAAAAAUGCAGUUAGGAGAUGUAAUGGUAUGGGAGACAAGUAGCAAGGAGAUUAGAAGCACAAUCAUAGACCCCUGGAGAGGAGGGAAAUAAGACUGUAAAAAAUAGGAAGGAGUCAGGUUAGAAAGGGCUUCAAAAGCCAAUUAAAGGAUUUUUUUUACAUUUCAUCCCAGAGGUAACAGGGAGUCACUGGAAGUAAGUGAAUGGUAGGAGGCUGAAUGGGGUGGAGAGGAAGAGAUUGACAUAAUCAGACCUGAGCUUAAUAAGUUGAAUUUAACAGCAGAGUGGAGAAUGAACUGUAAUGGUGCGAUCUGAAACAGAAGAACCACUAGAAGAGUAUUGCAAUAGUCCAGGUAUGAGAGAAUGAGGAGGUGGCAGUAUCGAGAAGAGAAGAUGGGGAAUAUGAAGGUAGAAUCAACAGGAUUUGACAAGUGAUUAAAUACAGGGGACUAAGAGAAAGUGAGGUCUCAAGGAUGACCCAUAGGUUGGAAGCCUGGAUCACUGGAAGAUAUUAAAAUCUUCAACACUGUUAGGAAAGUUGGUGAAAGGAGGGAGCUUGAGGGAAAAGAUAAGGAGUUCAGUUUUGAACAUGUUGAGUUUCAGAUGUCUAUAGGACAUCGAGUUUCUAACACUUUAAAUUGUUUCAUCACUUAAGCAUUAUAUGAACAGCCUAUUGACACCCAAUUAUGGGGGGAAAUGUUAAUAUAAUGCAAAAUUAGAUAGCCACUGACUCUUAAAAAUCUAGAAAAAGUCUAAGAAUAUUUCCUACCAUUGAGCCUGAAGAACACUUGACAGCUUUAAAAACAAAUAAACAAACAACAACAACAACAACAAUCCAACUGUUUUGGACUUUUUCCUCUUGGAUCAACUACAAAGAGCUGCAUUUUCUACUUACAGGUUCAUCAUCAACAUC